AUGGCGCGGGCGUCGGAUCCGCGGACGACCGGCGGAAGCGAGUCGAGUGACGAGGAGGGGGAAGGAGCGGGGGGAUUAAUGGGGCCUUUGGGGAGAAUAGGCCUAGGGGAAGAGGGGGAGGACGAGAGCUCCGCGGAAGAUAGAGAGGAUACGGGGGGCGCGGAGGCAGCGGAAGGCGCGGAGCCCUUGAACAGCGCCAUCCCCCCUCUGCUCGUGCGCCAGGUGCCUUCCCAAGGCCUCUCCUUCCAGCUCUGGCCUGCUGCUGAAGCGCUCUGCCACUUCCUGGAAGCUUCCUUCGGACCCUGCCCCAAACCCAAGUUCCUGUCACCGCUGCUGCAGCAAAUUCAGAAGCAGAGGCGAGAGAAGCAGGGAGAGUGCGGUCUGCAGGGGUUGAGAGUGGUGGAGCUGGGUGCAGGGACGGGUCUGGCUGGUAUGAUGGCAGCGGCACUAGGUGCGAAGCAGGUGGUUCUUACAGACCUACCCCAUGUGCUGCCGAACCUUCAGAAAAACGUGCAGCUCAAUGCAGGUUCGUUUGAGCCGAAGCAAAAGGCACGGCAGGUGAAUGCUACGGGCCUACCCCGUGUGAUACCGAACGAGCAGGGGAUCGCGGAGGUGAGCUCAGGUGGCAGGAGUGGUAAUGGUGGUGGUGACAUGGAUAGUGGCGCAUCGGAGUACGAUCAUGAGGGGGAAGAAAGGGUGGAUGUACAGGGAGAAAGAGUGGAGGUGCGGGUGUUGCGAUGGGGUGAGCCAGAGGAUAUUGCAGUGCUUGAAAAGGAAUACAGGAUGGGCCAACGGUGCACUGAACCGUUGCCAGGUUCGGAUGGGCUGGAUACUAAUGUGCCGCACCUGGAGGUGUGGGCUUCGGAGGUGCGGGAUUUGGAGAAGCGGAGUUUGGAUUCUUCUGCGCCGCUGUUUGACGUUGUUUUGGGUGCGGAUAUUGUGUAUUACGACACUCUCUAUGAGCCGCUCGCAAAGACGCUCUUGUUGUUAGCAGGCAAGGCGCAGGUUCAAGGGCGGGACUACGUCGGAAUCCUCUCAGCAGAGAACCGAAAGAUCCUAAGCAAGCUUGUCUUCACGCUCUUUCUUCCAUGCCUGAUCUUCACGCAGUUGGGUGCAGCCGUGACGUGGCAAAAGCUCACGGAGUGGUGGUUUAUUCCAGUGAAUGUGUUUCUUGGUGCUGUUGUGGGAUGCACCAUAGGCCUGAUCGUGGCUCUAAUCAUCAGGCCGCCCCCUCAAUACUUCAAGUUUACCAUCGUCAUGAUUGGCAUAGGGAACAUCGGGAAUAUCCCACUGGUUCUGAUCGGCGCAAUUUGUAGGGAGAAGACUAAUCCCUUUGGCACGCCGACCGUGUGUAACGAGUCAGGAGUCGCAUACAUCUCGUUUGGGCAGUGGGUUGGAGCUCUAAUCGUUUACACCUUCGUGUAUGCUAUGCUCGCUCCACCAAAAGAUGCUGAGAAGCUUGAAACCACCACCAGCGGCGACCAAAGUGCUUACAGCCAGCUUCCUGCAAACGCGACUCAAGAGGCAGAGAGUAAACCUGACUUUGACGGAAGUGGCAUUCAGGAGGUGAAACCUGAUGAGGGGAAACUUUUGGAAAAAAGUGCUGACUUAUCAGACGGAUUUCCUCAGACCAGCUUCUUGAGAGCAUCCAAUUCGCAGCGCCUCAAGAUAAUAUGGACAGUCAUGGAGAAGCUUCACAUUAUUGAUAUUUUCCAACCACCGGUGGUGGCAUCUCUGCUGGCUUUGAUUGUAGGAGCGACCCCACAGCUCAAAGCCAUCUUUUUCAACCCUCAUUCACCACUACUGUUUCUCCAAGACAGCCUUAACAUCUGCGGGGGUGCAAUGGUUCCGUGCGUUAUGCUUGUACUUGGUGGAAAUCUUGUGAAGGGUCCUGGAAGUUCAGAGCUUGGAGUUCGCACUACUGUUGCAAUCACGCUUGUGCGCCUUCUCAUUAUACCAGCAUCUGGAUUGAUGCUGGUUCAGACUGCCAAGUCUUUGGGGUUCUUCCCAAAGGACGACUUGAUGUUCAAUUUUGUGCUGCUGCUACAGCAUACCAUGCCAACUUCAAUUCUCGCAGGUGCG